UAGUUACAGUGGCAAUAGAUGUGAGAUCUAGGAAUUGAACUGAGAUGUAAUGAAUGCUGUGGUUACUUUCUAGUUCAACUUGUUUUUGCUUUACAAAAGGGCUGAUAUUCUCAUCUUCCAUUACGCAUCCAUCAUAGGUAUACCAUACCUACUAAAACUGAGCGACAGAUCAUAGCAUAUCAUAUGAUAAGCUAGCUUAUAUAUACACACAAACAAGAGGUGGAAGGGAAAAUUUGCAGAAAAUAGCUGGAAAAAAAUAUCUAAUCUAGAAUUAUGCUGCUUUUCCAUCUGCUAUUCUGAAAAAGCAAGUUUAGUUUUAUUUGCGGAAAGAGAUAUAAAGAAAUUUGUAACAAUAAUAUGGGUAGGGGAAAGGUCGAGCUGAAGAGGAUUGAGAACAAGAUAAACCGUCAAGUGACAUUUGCAAAGAGGAGGAAUGGGUUGCUCAAGAAGGCUUAUGAACUCUCUGUCCUCUGUGAUGCUGAGGUUGCCCUCAUUAUCUUCUCCAACCGUGGCAAGCUCUAUGAGUUCUGCAGUGGCCCUAGCAUGGCGAAGACACUGGAACGGUAUCACAGAUGCAGCUAUGGAGCCUUGGAAUUACACCACCAACCUGAAAUAGAGACACAGAGGCGCUACCAAGAGUACCUGAAGCUAAAAUCCAAAGUGGAGGCAUUACAGCAAACACAAAGAAACCUGCUUGGUGAAGAAUUGGAGCACUUAGAUGUUAAGGAGCUUGAACAGCUUGAACGUCAGCUUGACUCUUCCCUCAAGCAGAUCAGGUCAAACAAGACACAGCAGAUGCUUGAUCAACUCUCUGAUUUGCAUAGAAAGGAAGAGAUGCUGCUGGAAACUAACAGUAUCCUGAGGAACAAGUUGGAGGAAAUCAAUGUAGCCCUUCAACCAACAUGGGAAACUAGGGAGCAAACUGCACCCUACGAUGGCCACCCUCACCCAUCAGAGGGAUACUAUGACACAGCACAUUGCAACAGUACAUUGAGAAUCGGCUAUGAUUCUUCAGGGUUAAAUGAAGCAGGAGGAGCUGCAGGAACCUCAGCCCAAAAUGCUAGUGAGUUCAUGCAUGGAUGGAUGAACUGAAUUAAUUCACAAUUUAGUUUAAUUCAUGAUUGUCAGAAAUAUGAUGCUUAUGUAGAGAUAUUGGGGCCUACAAGAACAGGCUGUAAUAAUAGGUGUCAUGCAGCAUAAAAUAUACUAUAUAUGCUAUUCUUAAUAUUCCAAUAAGACAUGUUUCGAAGAAUUUGAUAAUUAACAUCUUCCCAAACUUCCUAACAUUC